CAGUGGGAGGGAGAUCGGGGUGUCCUCUUAUCUCCGGGAUCUCUUUCUUGAACCCCAGCUUUGAACUCUGAGCUGUGCCUGACCUCCAGAACAUGGCGGGCUCUGCUACGAUUGUUGCCGGCCUCCUUCUCCUGGUAGCCUGUGCGUGUUGCAUCUUCCCCACAGAUUCUGUGACCAUCCCCUCAUCUUGCUGCAUGUCCUUUAUUUCCAAGAAAAUUCCAGAAAACCGAGUGGUUAGCUACCAGUUGGCCAACGCCAGCGUCUGUCCCAAGGCAGGGGUCAUCUUCAUCACCAAGAAGGGCCAUAAGAUCUGUACUGACCCCAAGCUGCUGUGGGUUCAGAGGCACAUACGAAAACUGGAUGCCAAGAAAAAACAGCCUUCUGAAGAAAGGGCCAAGGCAGUGAGAACUAAGUUUGCCGUCCAGAGAUGCAGUGGCAACAGCACCAAGGUUUAGUCGCCUCUCCUCUGUCCCUGAACUUGGUCAUAGGUAUUGANNCUUUACCAGGCUGCUUUGNGGCUUGACAGACCAGCUGGGAUGAGGUCUGAGUUCAUUUCCCCAUUCUCAGCAUUUCUUUUAGGGGAUGUGUUUAUUCUGUGAGAACCUGAGUGAGCUGCAAGCAUGCCAGAGUUCUGGUGUUUCCUGUGCUGAGUGAGAAGGUUCCAAAGGAUAUCAGUCGUCGUGUGUUAUCUCUUGUGUGGUUCAAAGGCUUCAUUAGAGCCCAGGUGCAUGAGCUCUGAGUCUCUGCAGGCGGACCUUGCUUGCAGCUGGCUUCCAUAGGGUUCUUGUCUUAGGGUGGACCUGAGGGCUGUCUGUCUGUCCACCUCUGAGUGAAGAUCUGUCAACAGCAGUAACUCCCACGCAUGCUGAUGGGUAGUAUUCCAGGCUGGUCCCAUCCAGAACUUGGAACAGAUAAAAAAAAGUCGGCAGAAAUGGAGGAUUUCAACAGCAGCAUUUUUAAACCCAUCAGUCUUUGUAAAGCCGGAGAUGUAGCUCAGUUGGUGGUGUGCUUGUCUAGCAUGCACGGGGCGUUGGGUUUCAACCACAGCACCACAAAAACUAGGCAUGAUGGUGCAUGCCUAAGAAGAUCAGAAUUUCAAGCUUAGCCAGACAUCCCAGAAGGCAGAGGCAGGAGGAUC